AUGCCCGUGGCAGCCAGUGCUGAUGCACAUACCUCAACGGAGGCAGUAGCAGAGGCAAAAGAGGAAGCAAAGCCCCAGAGACACAAUGAAGAGGAGCAGCAGGGCUGCCCCGACGCAUACACGUGGCUCCUGCUGGUGCUGGCCUCAGCACUGCUGCCAGACAUUGGGGCAGUGACAGGGCCCAGCACCGUGCAGGGAUUCCUGAGGGAAACCCUGUCGGUCGCCUGCACGUACCAGCCUAGCCAGGAGACGUUACCGAAAUUCUGUUGCAAACCGAGUACCUGUACUGGUAUUACCUGUGCCACUUACAUCAUCAGCACCUUGAAACUGCAGCCCGAGGUGCGGCAGGGCCGGUUCUCCAUUCUGAACAGCUGCAUGCUCCGGGCAUUCAGGGGUGCUGAUGCAGAGGUCAUCAUAACCCCAGGUCGGUCCUUGCACGUUUUGCCCAUAGCAACAGUGACCCCCACGUUGGGGGGCCGGGGCCAGACUGCGGAAGGAGGUUUCACCCCGAGCGUGACAAGAACACAGGGCCCGUCUGGAACUCGCUGCAUCCAUCCUUCCUCCGCACCUGCAACCCCGACGCUCUCGCCGGACACUCCUCAAGAGACCGGCAGCACUUUCCGCUACUUCCCAGUGCUGGCCGGGCUGCAGCUGCUGGCGCUGCUGGCCAUGAGCGCGCCCGUGCUCUGGGUCAGCCUGUGGGGACGCUAAGCC